CACCCCACAUUAGAAGUGUCCAAGUCCUUACACAACAGUAUCUGUAAAAAAAAGACAAAUUCAAGUACCAACCGUUGCCUCACUACUGCUACUACUCUCACACUUCCCCACAAGGAUCCUCCUCUCUCUCUCUCUCUCUCUACAAGCUUUCUCUCUCUACAUCUCCAUGGCCGUGGCUCAUGUCCUUGUGCUCCCUUACCCUAGCCAAGGCCACAUCAACCCCAUGCUCGAAUUCGCGAAACGCCUCGCCGCGAAGGGCCCUGCCGUCACCGUUGUCGUCACCCGCCACAUCCUCGCCUCUGUCGGCGAGCCCCGCGACGCCUUGGGCCCCGUCCACCUCGCCGCCAUCUCCGACGGCCACGACGCCGGCGGCUUCCCCUCCGCCGCCAGCCUCGAGGCCUACCUCGCCGCCCUCGGCGACGUCGGCUCGCGCACGCUCGCCGAUCUCAUCGACGACCGCCCUUUCACGUGCCUCGUCUACGACACCUACGCGCCGUGGGCCGUCCCCGUGGCGAGGCGGCGCGGCUUGCCCGCCGUGGCGUUCUCCACGCAGUCGUGCGCGGUGAGCGCGAUAUAUUAUUACGUCGGCGGGGGGAUGCUCCGAGUGCCGGCGGAGGGCGAAGAAGGGACCGCGGCGGCGGCGGCGGUGGAGAUGGCGGCGUUGGGAUUGCCGGAGAUGGGGAGAUCGGAGUUCCCGUCCUUCGCGCUGAAGGACGGGUCGUACCCGACCCUCGCCGCGUUCGCGCUGAGCCAGUUUGCGGAUCUGGGGGAGGAGGAUUGGGUCCUCUUCAAUUCCUUUGAUGAAUUGGAGAGCAAGGUCUUGACACGCUUGAAUCGCCAUUUCCGCGCGCGAGCCAUCGGGCCCUGCGUCCCACUGGUGCCGACCGAAGCCGGCAGCACGUACGGCAUGAACCUGUUGGCCGCGGAGGAGGACACGUGCAUGAAGUGGCUCGACGCGAAACCCCCCGCCUCCGUCGUGUACGUCGCCUUUGGCAGCUUUGCCUCCUUACCCCCCGAGCAAAUGGCGCAGCUCGCGCAGGCCCUCCUGUCAUGCAACCACCACUUCUUGUGGGUGGUGAGGGCUUCGGAGGAAGAAACCCUACCCCCGCAGUUCGCCGAGCGGUUGAAGGAAGACGGCGGCAGCGAGAAAGGAUUGGUGGUGAAGUGGAGCCCGCAGGUGCGGGUUCUGGCGCACGGGGCGGUCGGGUGCUUCGUGACGCACUGCGGGUGGAACUCGACGCUGGAGGCGAUCGGGUUCGGGGUGCCGACGGUGGCGAUGGGGCUGUGGACCGACCAGCCGACGAACGCGAAGCACAUGGAGAGUGCGUGGGGGUUCGGGGUGCGGGCCGCGGCGCAGCGCAGGGAUCGGAGAGGGAGAAUCGUCAGAGCGGAGGAGAUCGAGAGGUGCGUGAGGGAGGUGAUGGAGAGGGAGGAGAUCAGACGGAAUGCGAGGCGGUGGAGGGCGGCGGCGGAGAGGGCGGCCGGUCGCGGCGGGAGCUCGGACGUGAGCUUGGAUGAGUUUGUGGGGUUUUUGAGUGCAAUGAAGGGGGGGAGACAGGGAGGAGGGACUAGGGAGUGAGUGAGAAAAGUUUUGAGGGUGGAAUUGUGUUAAUUGUGUGUGUUAGGGAGCAGAGGGAGGAAUUUUCUUUUCGUGUGAGAGAGAGAGAGAGAGAGAGAGA